CCGGGGAAGGGAGGGGGUGCAAGGGAUCCCGGGCAAGCCGGAACCUUGAACAGGUAGGGAUGAGGAAGGUGCUGGGAUGUAAACUAGUGAUGGCUAGUGACGCCAGAAGCGACUGCGAGGGUCGGGGUGCAGGGAUGAGAGGGUAGCCCCAGGGCAGGGGGAGGUGAGUGCCGCGAAGCGCUCGCUGGCUGCAUGUGAGCUUCGAGGAGCUGCCUGGGCGAGCCAGUGGGCUGGGGUAGCCGCCAGCAGUGCCCCAGGACCGGGGCUUCAGGGAAAAGGAGCGAUGCCAGGUGAAGGGGGCAUGUGUGAGCUUGGAUAUUUUCCAGGAAAACCGAGGACAGGUGGGGGGCGAUGAAGGAGCCGCCUCAGGGUCCAGUUUCCAAUUUGCGCCCCUCCCCAAGACCCCACCCCACCGCACCCCCACUCGGGGCUGCUUCCCAUCCUGUGGUUGUCAUGGCAACCCGUACCCGGCUCUCCCAGGGGCGGUGCCAACCCUGCUCCCCCCCACCACUUCCUUCUCCCUCCCUCCCUGUCCCUCCCUCCUUUGUGUCAGCUGCGCCCCUGACCGGGAUGGCUGCGAAAAGAGGGACCAAGACGAGCAUGAAGAACAUGGAGAAGGAACUGCUGUGCCCAGUGUGUCAAGAGAUGUACAAGCAGCCACUGGUGCUGCCCUGUACCCACAAUGUGUGCCAGGCCUGUGCCCGGGAGGUGCUAGGCCAACAGGGCUACAUAGGCCAUGGUGGGGACCCCAGCUCCGAACCCACCUCUCCUGCCUCCACCCCUUCCACUCGCAGCCCCCGCCUGUCCCGCAGAACACUCCCCAAGCCAGAUCGCCUGGACCGACUGCUUAAAUCAGGCUUUGGGACGUACCCUGGGCGGAAGCGAGGUGCGCUGCACCCCCAGGUGAUCAUGUUCCCCUGCCCAGCCUGCCAAGGUGACGUGGAGCUGGGGGAGAGGGGCCUGGCGGGGCUUUUCCGGAACCUGACCCUAGAGCGUGUGGUGGAGCGGUACCGCCAGAGUGUGAGCGUGGGAGGCGCCAUCCUGUGCCAGUUGUGCAAGCCCCCACCACUAGAGGCUACCAAGGGCUGCACAGAGUGUCGUGCCACCUUCUGCAAUGAGUGCUUCAAGCUUUUCCACCCCUGGGGCACCCAGAAGGCCCAGCAUGAACCCACCCUGCCCACCCUCUCCUUCCGCCCCAAGGGCCUGAUGUGCCCAGACCACAAGGAAGAGGUGACUCAUUACUGCAAGACGUGUCAGCGGCUGGUAUGCCAGCUCUGCCGGGUGCGGCGCACCCACAGCGGGCACAAGAUCACACCAGUGCUCAGCGCCUACCAGGCACUCAAGGACAAGCUGACAAAGAGCUUGACAUACAUCCUGGGAAACCAGGACACGGUACAGACCCAGAUCUGUGAGCUGGAGGAGACCGUCCGGCACACAGAGGUGAGUGGUCAGCAAGCGAAGGAGGAAGUGUCACAGCUGGUGCGGGGGCUGGGGGCUGUGCUGGAAGAGAAGCGGGCCUCGCUGCUUCAGGCCAUCGAAGAAUGCCAGCAGGAACGGCUGGCCCGACUCAGCACCCAGCUCCAGGAGCACCGGAGCCUGCUGGAUGGCUCAGGUCUGGUGGGCUAUGCCCAGGAAGUGCUUAAGGAAACAGAUCAGCCUUGCUUUGUGCAAGCAGCCAAGCAGCUGCACAACAGGAUUGCCCGAGCUACUGAGGCCCUCCAGACCUUCCGGCCGGCUGCCAGCUCCUCCUUCCGCCAUUGCCAGCUGGACGUGGGGCGUGAGAUGAAGCUGCUGACAGAGCUUAACUUCCUACGAGUGCCUGAGGCUCCUGUCAUUGACACCCAGCGCACCUUUGCCUACGAUCAGAUCUUCCUGUGCUGGCGGCUGCCCCCCCACUCGCCACCUGCCUGGCACUACACCGUUGAGUUCCGGCGCACAGAUGUGCCUGCCCAGCAGGGCCCCACACGCUGGCAACGGCGGGAGGAGGUGAGGGGCACCAGCGCCCUUCUUGAGAACCCCGACACAGGCUCAGUGUAUGUGCUGCGCGUCCGGGGCUGCAAUAAGGCCGGCUAUGGGGAGUACAGUGAGGACGUUCACCUGCACACGCCCCCGGCACCCGUCCUGCACUUCUUCCUCGAUGGCCGCUGGGGUGCGAGCCGAGAGCGGCUGGCCAUCAGCAAGGACCAGCGAGCAGUGCGGAGUGUCCCAGGGCUGCCCUUGCUGCUGGCUGCUGAGCGGCUGCUGACCGGCUGCCACCUGAGCGUGGAUGUGGUCCUGGGCGAUGUGGCUGUGACUCAGGGCCGCAGCUACUGGGCCUGCGCUGUAGACCCUGCCUCCUACUUGGUCAAGGUGGGCGUCGGGCUGGAGAGCAAGCUUCAGGAAAGCUUCCAGGGUGCCCCCGAUGUGAUCAGCCCCAGGUACGACCCAGACAGUGGGCACGACAGCGGUGCUGAGGAUGCCACAGUGGAGGCGUCGCCACCCUUUGCUUUCCUAACUAUUGGCAUGGGCAAGAUCCUGCUGGGAUCCGGAGCGAGUGCAAACGCAGGGCUGACGGGGAGGGAUGGCCCAGCAGCCAGCUGCACAGUGCCCCUGCCACCCCGCCUGGGCAUCUGCUUGGACUACGAGCGGGGCCGGGUUUCCUUCCUGGAUGCUGUGUCCUUCCGUGGGCUCCUGGAGUGCCCCCUGGACUGCUCGGGGCCUGUGUGCCCUGCCUUCUGCUUCAUUGGGGGUGGUGCAGUACAGCUCCAGGAACCUGUGGGCACCAAGCCUGAGAGGAAAGUCACCAUCGGGGGCUUUGCCAAAUUGGACUGAUCCUCUCAGGUGCCUCCUCCAGCCCUGGGGUCUCACUGGGCCCUGGCCUCCCCAAGCCUCCUGGCACCGGUUGUUCCCCCAGCAGCUUCUCUCCGAAACAGUUCCUCCAUGUGGGCCUGCCCCGUCCCCUCUGUCUGUGUCUUCCCAGAGCUUUCUCUUGCCUAAGGGGCUCUCCUCUGCUCACCUCUCUGGAUAUGCCCAGGGCCCAUGCCCACCAAGUCUCUGCCCCAUCCCCCCCCCUUGGCAUCCUACCCAAAUCGUGGAGAGCCCCGCCCCUUCCCACCCCUGUCCUAUACCCCAAGGCUGACUGGGAUGGAGGGCACCUAGAACACUGGGCAUGAUCCUCAGUCUGCCGUUUGCCUUGCCAGUCUCCCUACCCCAUCAGUGCUGAACUAAGCCUUGGGGCAGGCAGGCUUUGGCCUCCGUAGUGAGGGAGAGGGGACCCUAUCCUGCUUAAUUUAUUUGGGUCCCCACACCCCCAGCCGCAUGUCCCUAUGUUCCUCUUGCAUGCUUUACCUGUCCUGCACCCAUGCCAAAGUGCCAAGUCUCCCUUGGGGACCGAGCCAAGGCUGGGUGUCCCUUCUGGGUUGGGCCAGGCAAGGCCUCUGGUGCCAAUGCUGCCUCCCUGUGGUGGGCACUGCUAGGCCUGUGCAGAACAACAGCUGUAAUUUUCAUGAUUUAUAAACAAUAAACUGUGACACCAGGCA